AGCCGCGCCGAAUGCUUCCCGACAUAAAUGUCCUGGGGGUUCAACAACUUCGUGGAUCAUCUCAUAACUUCCACCAAUGGCCUCUCUCCUUUCGCAUUCUACCUCAAUGCAGUCGUAUGGUCUACUACCUACAGUCAGCACCUAAUCAAUUCUUGAAAAACUAGUCGACGCUGGUCCAUAGCCACCAUGACGUAUUGUGCGGAAGACGUCCGAGACUUUCUGACAUCUGACUUUCAACGUCCUACACGCCCUCCACAAACGCAGUGGGAAGAGCCACUUCCUUCUUCAUCAACUGAAAUCCACAAACAACGCGAAUCACCGAGAGUUCCUCUCAUUCCGCCUGAGUUAACGACUCAUUGGCGGAAAUCCUUUUGGGUCUCCGAACCUAAGCUUUCAGGGUCCGAAGAAAGUGUCUUAUCCCAGGAUCAAGUCUGUUCUUUAACGUCUUCGGUCACGGAAAGCAAGACUGAUCUCAGCUUGUCGUCUUUUCUGCAAAGGGACUGCGAGUACCAGCUAGGCGGGUUGAGCCCAGUACUUGAUCAGUUCUGUCAACAAACUCAAUUGUCUACACCAUGCUCUAUCUUCUCAGAAAGUCGACCUUCAAACUAUCCGAGUGACGACACUCAGCUUCUGACGAAAUUAGAAGCGCUCCAGCUCCAUCAAACAGCACAAGCUGGCCAAUUGCAGCUAUGCGAUGGCAAUAACGAGGCAGGAGAUGUAGACAUUAGCUCCCUCGACGACCUCAGCUGGGAAACCAGUGAGUCUUUCAAAGAUUUUACGGAAGAUCCGGCUCACCAGUUCUGGAAGUGGGAUGAGACCUUGCAACAAUGGUCCCAUCAGGAUGAAGACACCAAAUCAGUGAUAUAUUGUCCAGUAGAGCUGGAUUAGAAUCGCCAGGGCCCUGAUACACUGGGAAUAUUAAUUUAGAGGGUCGUAUCGAAGUCGGCAUCUGUUUCGCAUGACUUGUAGCUGAAACUAGGCGUUCUCUUGAUUCCACGAACUUGAUUGAAUCAUUUAAGCUUGAGCCGGAUAGAGGCGUAUUGCUUGCAUUGUAUUCUUGGCAAAUUCUUUCCGCUUACAACUUUUCUUGAUAAGAUACAUGCUUCCUAGCUCAAACUCAGAUCAUGAUAGCACGCGUGCUUCUACCUGUCCUUG